UGGGGACUUUGGGUUGGACUCUCUGGUGCCGAGGUCACUAAGGUGGUCAAAGAGGUCAAUAGACGGAUUGAUGCUGCGUCUGCAGUGAUGCGGGAGUUGUACCGGUCUGUCGUGGUGAAGCGAGAGAGCUGAGCUAGAAGCAAAGCUUUCGAUUUACCGGUCGAUCUACGUUCUAUGGUCACAAGCUUUGGGUAGUGACCAAAAGAACGAGAUCGUGGAUAAAGAUGGUUGAAAUGAGUUUUCUCCGCAGGGCGGCUGGGCUCUCCCUUAGAGAUAGGGUGACAAGCCUACAUUUGGGAGGGGCUCAGAGUAGACCCGCUGCUCCUCCACACCUUCUCAGUGGUAGAGUGUCUGCUGGGACUGGGAGAUCAUACCAAGACUUUAACAAUGGGACCCAAUGCCUCCCUACUUGACACUCAGCUUUAAGGGGUUGGAUUGUGGGUUAAACCACCAAAUCCCAAGUGCAUCCACCGCUCCUCACGGGGAUGGGUCAAACAGAGAGAGAGAAGUCUGGGAUCCCUGCUUAGGCCGCUGCCCCCGCAACCCCACCCCAGAUGGAUGGACAUGAAACAUUCACAUUUUCUUACAUUUUUUGCUAUAAAUAAAAUCUGAGUAUCAAAUGAUUUUUAACUUAAAUUAUUAUGAUGACGACAUGUUUGCAUUUAAAAAGAGGAGCUCUGAGGAACAGGUGAAAACGUUAAGUGUCAUAAAUGGUAAAAACACACAUCUGUAUCAGGUAAAAGUUUUAUAAGCACGUCCCUGGUGUAACAAUGGGACCGGAGACUCCCAGUUCUCCCAGUCUGCCCGCUAAGAGCUCGGUCAGUAGUGCGCGCUCCCGCGGCAGAGGGCUCCGCUCCGCCGCUGUUCCCCGUGAGCGCGCGUCUCCAUGCGGGUUAAUAAAGACGCUUUAAAGCAGCAAAAGCAGAAUAAGCCUCCGGUGAAGCGUUAUGACGCUGAGGCUGGACCGGAAAAAAAGAACUCGGUUUGAUCCUCCAGCGUGAUCCCGGUCCCGGUGUCGGAGGGGUUCCGAGCAGAACCUCCGCUCUUUGUCAGCCGGUUCCUCUCGCGGAGACCGGAACGCUUUGUGUUUUUUUUUUCUGAAUGAAGACGCUCACCGUUAGUUCGUCACACCGGGGAUCCGUAGUCCAUCUUAGUUAUUUUAGGGGUUCUGUGAAGUUUUUGCUGUUUGGGUUUUUAUUCCCGUCCGGACCGAGUCACCUUUUGUUCAGAGGACAGAAAAAAAGAGGCGUCUGAUGCUGCGGUUCAUUCACACUGAGCAGCUCUUAUUAUCCGUUCAUCCACCCCCUCUGGGUAAGUGUGCUGCUCCUCACCUGAAUAACAUUUUAUUUUAGUGACUCGGUUCGGUGCUGCUGCGGUGUGUGGCUCUGAUCCGUCAGUCCCCGAACUGCGCUUGGCGGUCCCGGUUCACCACUCUCCCAUUCCCGGUCCCAUUGAGCGCACCAUGCCGGAGAACGUGUCGGUGUCGGAGUUCGUGCAGGAGGUUCGGGAUGACUGGAGCUCCCCUACCACCUCCUCCUUCACCUCCAAGAUGAUCAGUUGCAGAAACACCGUCUACCUGCUGGAAGAGGCUCUGGACAGCGACCGGUUGGUGCUGCAGAAGAUGAAGAAAGCUGCUAAAGCCAAGUACACAUCAGGACAUGACCACGUGUCUCACGUGGAGCAGUACAUCAACUCCAUGGAGAAGCUCGCGGUGAACUGUCACUCAAAUGGAGAGAACGAGGUCGGCUCGGCCUUCUGCCGCCUGGCGGACUUUUCCAAAGAUCUCCUGUCUCCCAUGAAAAACCUGUUAAAGAGCAUGCUGCACAACAUCAACUUCUUCCUGGACUCUCUGGUCAAAGGAGAUCUGAGGGAGGUGAAGGGGGAUCUGAAGAAGCCAUUUGACCGAGCGUGGAGGGACUAUGAAAGCAGAUUCAAGCAGGUGGAAAAGGAGAAGAGGGAGUUAGCACGACAGUACGGAAUGGUGAGGAGUGAGGUGAGUGGAGGAGAAAUCGCUGAGGAGCUUGAGAAGGAGAGGCGCUCCUUCCAACUGAGCAUGUGCGAGUAUCUCAUUAAGGUAAACGAGAUAAAGACAAAGAGAGGUGUGGACCUGCUGCAGAACCUCAUCAAACACUACCACAGCCAAAACAAUUUUCUGCAGGAGUGUGCCUCGACCACUCAGAGGCUUAAACAGUACAUGGAGGAGCUGAACGGCGUUCUGAACACGGUGAAGCAGCGCCAGGAGGAGGAGAAGCGCCAGUUGAGUGCCCUGAGAGAUCAGCUGAGGCCAGUCGUCUACACAGAGCAGGAGUCUUUGCCGAAGCAGGUUUACAGCAUGCAUCAGCUUCUGGGAGACAAACAGUACGGAACAGAGCGAUCCGGAUUUCUCUACAAGAAGAGUGACGGGUUGAGGAAAAUGUGGCAGAAGAGGAAAUGUUCUGUGCACAACUGUUACCUGACCAUCGCUCAUGCCACUCCGAACAAACCUCCGACCAGACUGAACCUGCUCACCUGUCAGGUUAAACCCAACGUAGAGGACAAGAAGUGCUUUGACCUCAUCUCACACAACCGAACGUACCAUUUCCUGGCUGAGGAUGAAGCUGAGUGUGUGGCGUGGAUCUCAGUGCUCAGUAACAGCAAACAAGAGGCUCUGAGCAUGGCUCUGGAUGGUACCCAGAGACGGGGUGGAGGGGGUGAGAGCAGCGUGGAUGAUCUGACCCGCGCCAUCACCGAUGACAUCCGGCGGAUGCCAGGAAACAACAACUGCUGUGACUGCGGUGCUCCAGAUCCUGGAUGGCUUUCAACAAACCUUGGCAUCCUGACCUGUAUCGAGUGCUCAGGGAUCCACAGGGAGAUGGGCGUCCACGUCUCCCGGAUCAAGUCUUUGAGCCUGGACAGCCUGGGGACCUCCGACCUGCUGCUGGCCAGGAAUGUUGGGAACUCUGGUUUUAACGAAAUAUUGGAGGGGAAUCUGCUGAGUCCAUCGCAGAAGCCCUCCCAGCACAGCCACAUGACAGAGCGCAAGGACUUCAUCCUGUCAAAGUACCAGGAUGUUAACUUUGUGAGGCGGAGCAGCAAUUCUGCCUCAACACUACGACUCGGCCUUCAGGAGGCAACCAAGAGCUGUGACAUCUACUUGCUAAUCCAGCUGUACGCUCAGAGGGCGGAGCUUAGCCAGUCACUGCACACACACAUACAGGAGAAGGGUGAGACGGCGCUCCAUUUAGCCGUUCUAUUGGCUGAUAGAACGUCGCUGCACAUCUUGGACUUCCUGGCUCAGAACUGCUCCAACGUAGAUGCACAAACAUCAUCAGGAAACACGGCGCUGCACUAUAGCUGCCUGCACAACAAGAGCGACUGUGUGAAGCUGCUGCUGAGAGCCCGGGCCAACACACACAUAAAGAACGAGCUGGGGGAAACUCCUCUGGAUGUGAGCCGUCGGCUGAAGCAUAGCGACUGUGAGGCAUUGCUGCAACAGAUCCAGUCUGACCAGUUUGACCAUCACGUCCAUGUGGAAUACGAGUGGAGGCUUCGCCAAGACGAUCUGUAUGACAGCGAUGAUGACUUCGAUGACAAGAACGGUCCCGUCAAGAAGGAGCGGUCUUCCUCUUCCUCAUCGUCUUCUGUCUUCACCCCCUCGUUCUCUUUCUCCUCCCGUCCUUUCAGCUUUAGUCAGUCCUCCACCUCCUCCACCACCUCCCCCCCUGUCAUUCUAUCCUCCUCUGGAGGACCAGGUGGAGGUCUGCUCAGUGUGGGGAGGAGACUCGCCAUGGCCAUGGACCUUCACAGCCGCCCAGCUGGCUCCAACCCCAGCCCUCCCCCUCCUCCUCCAUCCUCUCCCGCCCCCCCACUGCCACCACGGGUCAAAGCUCCCACUGUUCCCCCUCCUCCACCUCCUCCUGGAGGCGAUGGAGUGAGGGAAGAUGAGGAGGAAGAGGGUGAGGUUUUCUUAACCACCACAGGAAGCAGAAAGACUCCUCCUCCUAUCACUGUCCGACACAAGAGGACCUGCUCUGAGUCUAAUAAGCACGAUUAUGGGUUGUCAACCAGUCCUAGGAUCUACAGCGGUCCAGACUCCUCCUUCAAAAGACCAUCUUCUCCUCUGAGUUUGCUGCCUGAACGACCUGACAGAGGUUUUCGACGGACGGAAAGCGAAAAUAGCUCCUCACACUUUCUCCAUCCGGCCAGCAAAGCUCCGCAGAACGGAUCUCCUAUCAAUCAGCGGUCUCAGAGCUUUGAGAGUGAUAGCAGAGGCCCCGCCCCUCAGCCGCUUCCUCGCAGAUCAUUGCCUCGGGGGGCAGCCAGCUGCCGGGCUCAGGCGCUGUAUGACUGCCAGGCGGACCACCAUGAUGAGCUGAGCUUCUCUGAGGGUCAGGUCCUGGUGGUCCUGGGACAGGAGGACAGUGAUUGGUGGCAUGGUUACGUAGAAGAUGAACCCGACCAGAAAGGUCUGUUCCCAUCCUCCUUCGUCCAGCUGCUCUCUGAUUGAUGUCAACCAGGUCCAGAUCUUCAGGUCAGCACAAACCCAGAUCAGGUCAGAGGUUCCAGAAACAGAACCUGGUGCUAAUGAGAACCAGACCAGAUCACCACACCUGAUAGGUGCUGCACCAGGGCUGCGAGGAUCAUCCAGCCACUGUUGUCACAACCACCACAGGUCUUUCUUUUUUGUUUGUUUGUUUGUUUUGGGUAACCAUGGAGACGUAAAAGCCAGAGGACAGCAUUGACUUGAAGCCUGCAGUUCGUCCCUGAUGUCCUUAUUUAUCUAUAUCUAUCUUAUUUAACAUAAAAAGUUAGUUUAAAAUCUCUGAAGCAGCUGGCUUUUAUUUUCAGGUUGAGAUGACAACCUUUCUCCAUUCAAGCUUAUUUAUUUUUCCUUAUGUGUUGAUUCUGUGAAAAAGUCGUAGAACCAGCAAACACUGUCAGAUGUCAGACUCAUUUUCCAAAGGAAACUUCAGACCAAAGGUCUAAAUUCCUGUAAAAUCUGUCUUUAGAACAGAAUAAGUUAAAAAAGAAACCUGAUGAGUUGAAGCCUGGAAUUAAAAUUCAUCUGAUGCCUCCAGCUGCCUUUGAGUCGCCAUCACACCUCAGAGGAAACAGUUUUGCUGCAGAAUUAGUUUAGAAAUGGUCUUGUUAACAUAUGAAUAUUUGUCUCAUAAGAAAACUGUCAAACAGUUCUACAGAAAUGCUGGCAUAUCAGCCAGUGACAAGACAAGAACUGCAUAAAUCCUGGAGUACAAGUCCGUCUGAGCCAAUGGAAAUGUACUUCAUGUAAAAACCAUUGUAUUUUUUGAACGAGGGAAUGUGAUUCGUGUUUAAGAGCACAAGUAAAGUGAAAAUGAUUCCUUUUGUUCAGCUAUACAUUAAUUCAUGGCAGUUUCUGUUUUCCCAAGUUAUAAAUGAUUUGCAACAUUUGGAAUAAAACAUCAACCAGAUCAUUCGGAACAAGAACUACGAUGUUUGAAAUGUGACAAACAGCAGACAUGGUGCCCGUCUGAUUGUAUGUUUUGUAAGCCGAAGAUUUUAGCGUAUUUUGUUGUAUUAUUUAUAUUUUGUAAAAAAAAACAACAACCACAUUUCUCUAAUUAUUAAUUCUGUAUAGCACUUACAUGUUUGAAACAAAUGAAUUCAGCGAAUGACACUGAGCAUACGGUACGUGUUGAGAUGCAUAGAUGUGUGUGCAGAAAAAAAAACCCUACAAGCAGUUUUCUCUAAAUGAAUGCAGCUCAACAACAUGAUGAAAGAUCUGCUGUCAAAUCAUCUUUCUUACCUUCAGACAGAAAAAAGAUUAAACUUGACUGAAUAUUA